AUGGCGUUUCGAGUGGCAGAAUCAUGGGCCCGUUUCAUUCCUAUGAUCGGGUACCAUCAUGUGCUGAUGAUUAUCAUUGCAAUCGCAAUCAUCCUUCUAUCAUUAUUGCUGGCCGGAUGUUCCUCGUCGUCCCCAGAGAUCCCAAACAUCUUCCUCAUAUCUAUGUACUAUGAAAGCUACAAACCCACCUUUGACUUGUCACAAGUCGACCCAGGAGUUACGAGUGCGAUGGCAAAUAUCGUCGGUACCGCCGAGCUGGAAGUCCGUGUUGGAUACUUCGGUAUUUGUGUUCAGCCUGACCGUGGGUCUUUCAUUUGCAACUCCAAUGCCACCGCCCUAGCGGAGAUUGUCACUGUGGACCAAGAUCCACUCAACCUGAUCUGGGUCGCCUCCACAUUCAAAGAUGCGGUCGUGUUCCCAUAUCUCCUUAUCGUUGCCAUCAUCCUCGCCUUCUUCUGCUUUAUCCUCCUCGCAACAUUCCCCGGCUGGCACGAGGAGCGCGAUGAAUCUGGCUCAGACGUCGAAAUCAAGCCCUUCCCGUCGCGCCCCGUCUCACAAGCUGCUCUGGCCCUGAUCUUUGUUUCCACUGUGUUCGUCCUCGUAUCAGUGUUGUGGCAACAUACCGCCUCGGUUGCAGCUAGUACGAUUGCCCAAGAUAUGGGUAACGGCAGUGUGAAGAGUGGUGUCGGUACUUCCGCCAUGGUGCUCGGUUGGUUCGGAUUCGUGCUACUAGUCGUCGUAACGAUCGGAUUGCUCGUCAUGAUACUCAGCAUCAGUCUCAUCAGGAAACUGACAGACGACGAGGAAUGA